AUGAGAAGUCCUCAAGGGCUAUUUGCCAGGCGAUGGAUCCUUCAAUGCAGAGCAUUUUCUUCAUCUCCAGCUACUCAGGCACCUAAUUCGAAGAACAAACUGCCCAAUGGCCCUGCGCGCACCCGUUUUGCGCCCUCGCCCACCGGAUACCUCCAUCUAGGCUCUCUACGGACAGCACUCUUCAACUACUUGCUGGCAAAACGCACCGGUGGUCAAUUCCUUCUGCGCAUUGAGGAUACGGAUCAGUCUGAACGAACAGCUUUAUAUCAGUCCUACGCCAGUGAUCUUAUAUCCAACGGCCAUGCAUACCGAUGCUUCUGCUCCGCAGAACGGUUGGAUUCAAUCGCUCGUCACCGCAGUCAAGCAGGACUGGCGCCAGGCUAUGACCGCAAAUGCGUCGAUAUAUCUGCCGAGGAAUCGGAAGAUCGAGCAGCCAAGGGAGAGGCACAUAUUAUUCGAUUGAGAGUGGAGGAAUAUCCCAUGUUCAACGAUCUGGUUUAUGGCAAAUCUGGUCAGAAUCGACCAAACAACUCGAAGUUGGAUUUCAUCGACCGUGUAUACAACGACCCAGUUCUGAUCAAAUCGGACGGACACCCCACGUACCACUUGGCAAAUGUUGUGGAUGAUCAUUGCAUGAAGAUCACUCAUGUUAUCCGAGGAACAGAAUGGAUGGCAUCCACACCUAUGCACAUGGCGCUAUACAAUGCCUUCGAAUGGACGCCACCGAGCUUUGCUCAUGUCCCUUUGCUCGUCGACCGGAGUGGACAAAAGCUUAGCAAGCGCAACGCAGAUAUCGACCUCUCGUCAUUCAAGGAUCAGCAGGGGAUUCUCCCAUCUACCUUGGUGAACUUUGCUUCGCUCCUUGGCUGGUCUCAUUCGGAGAAAUCUGAUGUGUUAAGUCUGAAUGAGCUGGAACAGAUUUUCAAUUUGAAAAUCACUAGAGGCAACACUGUCGUCUCCUUUGAAAAACUUCAGUUCCUUCAGAAGGCACACAUCCAACGGUUUGCCAAAAGCGGUGGGCCUGAGUUCGAAGAGAUGGUGAAGAAGGUGACCUCUGUGGUGGAAGAAAGCCACCCUGUUGACGAACUCACCACGAUCCUCAAGGGUCGCACGCUCUCCGAAUACAUCGCGCCCCUCAUCCGCGCAGAUGCCAACAGCUAUACAAAUGCAAAGGAGUUCGCCCAACGUAACUCCAUCUUCUUUACUCCAAAACUCAACAGAGCCCCUUACAAACCGGCCUCACACCAACCUUCCCCAGAAGUCCCAAUUCAAGCCCUGCACACCGCAGCAGCUGCUUUAACCCUCGUCCCACCCGCAGCCUGGAACAUCGACACGCACCGCGACAACAUUAACAGCUAUGAUGGCUCGGGAAGUGUAGUCCUCUCCGCAUCUGAGUCAGAGACGCCGGUUGGCUCCAAUAACGCAGAAAAAGCGUUCAAGAAGGAGCUGUAUCACUACCUCCGCUGGGCGCUGUCAGCUUCUGCGCCUGGACCUGGAAUCUCAGAGACUAUGGUAGUCCUUGGGAGAGAUGAGACGCUUCGCCGAGUGCAGGACGCCAAGGCAUUGACACAGUCCCUUGUUCCUCCUGCUGGCCAGAGAGUGCCUAAGGGAACUUUGCCUGAGGAUCAGAGUUGGAUGGGGACUCUUGCGACCAACCGUUAA